AAUAAAAAAGCUAAGCUAGCUGUUUCCAAUGUACCUAUUAAAAAAAAGAGUAUAUACUGUACACCUUGUUUCCAGAGUAAAAGUGAAAGAAAGAAAAGGCAAUAAGAUAAGAAGGGGACUUGUGACUUCCCAUCCUCGGGUCGAAUGCGCUGGUUGCCUUAUGUUAUUAUUGCACAAAAUUUAAACGUGGAACUUUCUUUUAGAAGAAAUCCGUGUUUCUAACACACGGGGUUAUAAAACAAUGGCGACAUCCCUGGCGAAGAAUCUACCCUUAUCAGGAAUAAGGGUUUUAGAGUUUGCCGGGUUAGCCCCUGCCCCUUUUGCUGGUAUGAUCCUUGCAGACUUCGGAGCAAAUGUUUUCAGAGUCGAUAGGGCAGGAGAAACCUCAACUUUAGACAGUUUGUCUCGAGGUAAACGAUCAAUAUCACUUAACCUAAAGUCAAAAAAAGGAGUGGAUGUUAUUAGGCGUUUAUCUAGCAACACUGACAUACUGUUAGAACCGUACCGUCCAGGAGUUAUGGAGAAAUUUGGACUAGGUCCAGAAGCACUUUGUGGAGUCAAUGAACGACUUGUCUAUACUAGGUUAAAUGGUUUCGGUUCAAAAGGAUCACAUUCAAACAGAGCUGGGCAUGAUAUAAAUUUUCUUGCGAUGUCCGGUGUCUUAUCAAUGCUAGGGAGAAAAGGUAUGAAUCCUUUUCCGCCGAUCAAUCUGCUUGGAGAUUUUGCAGGUGGUAGUAUGGUAGCCGUACUUGGUAUUUUGCUUGCCUUAUUCGAAAGAACUUUAUCGGGUAAAGGUCAAGUCGUUGAAGCGUCUAUUACAGAGGGAGCUGCUUAUGUUUCCUCAUUCUUGCAACGUUCUCAAGAUAUUGGCAUUUGGUUUGGAGAUCGUGGUGAAAACGUACUCGAUAGCGGUGCGCCUUUUUACGAGACGUACGAAACGAAAGAUGGAAGAUACAUGGCUGUGGGUGCAAUCGAGACUAAGUUCUAUCAACAGUUUGUAAAAGGAUUGGAAAUGGAUGACAUUCUUGCCGACCAAUUUAAUCUCGAACAGUGGCCAAGCAUGAAGCAGUUAAUUGCGAAGCGAUUUAAAACAAAAACUCAAGCUGAAUGGGUGGCCAUCUUUGAAAACGUUGAUGCUUGUGUUACACCGGUACUAACCUUGGACGAAGCUCAUAUACAUCAACACAACGUAGAAAACAAAACUUAUAUGAAAAAUUUAAAGGGUGGUUUUGAGCCAUGUCCUGCUCCGAUGCUUUCGAGAACGCCUGGGAUAUCGAAGCAUCGUCGAGAUCCAUGUAUGGGUGAACAUACAGUGGAAAUAUUGACAGAGGAGGGUUUUAGUGCUACUGAGAUUGAUGACUUGUUAGCAGGGAGUCAUGCGGAACAGUACAUCCCAAAAUCUUCUCUGUAGCCUCUUUAUUUUUUUAAAUAACGAUUUGUUUAACCUUGA